AUGAUCACCAUUGGGCGUGCUGCCGUAGCUGCGUUGCGCGCGGCCCAUCCAUCUCGCAUUAAUCUGCAAGUUGCACGUCGUACAUUGCAAGUAUCUUGCACCGCUACAUACGAAGUUUGCGACUCGUCGCGUCGCUCCUUCUCUCUCUACACCUCAUCAAAGCAGGCGGCCGCAUCUCCCGUCCGAUGCUAUUCCUCCGCUGACGCCUCUACAAGCGACGAAUCUUUUGCUUCCAUAGCGGACCACGCCCAACGAGAGAUUGCAGUGAUUCACGACGUGGUGGCUGCGGCUCAUAAUGCGCAAGAACUCGCCGAGUUACGCCAAGAAGCUGCCGAUCCGGACCUUUGGGACGAUGCUAGCAACGCUGCGUCUGUGGUACAGCGACUAGCUACACUGGAGUCGCGAGAGACUCGCACCCAUGAGCUACACCGCCAGUUCCUAGACACCAAGGAGCUGUACAUGCUUGCAAAAGACGAGGAAGAUGAGUCCAUGCUUCGGGAUUGUGUCAGUGCUAUGACUGCCGUGCGAGCGGAGGCACAGCAGCUUCGACUAGAACUCUUGCUGGCGCAUGAGAGUGACACCCGCUCAUGUUUUGUGGAGAUUCAAGCAGGAGCUGGCGGUACUGAUAGCUGCGACUGGACGGCUAUGCUGGCUAGAAUGUACGCGCGCUGGGGGGAAGCGCGUGGCUUCCAAGUGCAGUUCGUUGACGAAUCUGCUGGCGAAGAGGCUGGCUUCCGAUCCGUUGUAUUGAGGCUAGAUGGCGCUUAUGCAUACGGUUGGGCCAAGAGUGAGGCUGGCGUACAUCGGCUGGUCCGCAUCUCGCCGUUUGACAGUGCAGGGAGGAGACAUACGUCGUUUGCACAAGUGCGUGUGUACCCCAUGGCAGCUGAAGGUCGCUCCAGCGCAGAAAUCGAGGUCUCAAACAAGGAUCUACGCAUUGAUACGUUCCGGUCGUCAGGUCCUGGGGGCCAACACGUGAACUCCACUGACAGCGCCAUUCGAAUCACGCACUUACCCACUGGAAUUGUGGUUCAAAGCCAAUCGGACCGAUCUCAACAUCGAAACAAAGCUGAAGCGAUGGCAAUUCUACGAGCUAAGCUUUAUCAACGCAAACUUGAAGAAGAAGCGCGAGCAAGACAGCAAUUCGCUCAAGGACUUGGAGACAACGCGUGGGGCAACCAGAUCCGGUCGUACGUGCUGCACCCGUACCAGCUCGUAAAGGACCACCGCACCAACUACUCGGAAGGUAACACAGCUCAAGUACUCGACGGUGAUAUCGACCAGUUCAUCGAGAAGAUGCUUCUCCAGCAGACCGUACCGGAUGAAGAUAAAAUCUAA